CGGGCAUCCAUGAUACCCACCACUAAGAAACUGAUGAUAAUAAACAAUUGUAGAUAAUACACACAGUAUACAGUAUACAGUAUUACAAUACUCACAAAUUCCCUGACUGUCUCUGACUGUAAUUGGUACUCAUGGCGGCUACGCUGGAUUUUAGAACCCACGUUGACCAGUCGUGCAGAUAUUCGGAGGAAUUUGUCAACAUUUACUAUGACUGCGUGGAUAAGAAGAGAAGGAACCUGACUCGACUGUACUUGGACAAGGCAACCUUGGUGUGGAAUGGAAAUACGGUGUCGGGGCUAGACGCCCUGGGCGAGUUCUUUGAGGCACUACCUUCGAGCGAGUUCCAAGUUCACACACUGGAUUGUCAACCAGUUCACGUUAUUUCUUCAACAGGUUUUCUCGCCUCGAUAACCCAAAAUGGAGCCAAGGAAAGUUGCAAGAGGAAGGCAUUGAUCUCAUUGACAGCGUUUUUGGGAAGUCACGUCUUCAAUGAAGAUCUAGCAACUCAAGGCCAGAUGACUCUGCUGGUAGUGACUGGUGGUAUUGUGAAGUUUGAGGGGAACAAGGCGCGUUUCUUCAACCAGAACUUCCUUUUAACGGCUCAGGCUUCACCCAGCAACGAGCAGCCAGUGUGGAAGAUUGCCAGUGACUGUUUCCGUUUUCAAGACUGGAACAGCUGAGGUUUCCUUCACCUUAACUGUCCGAUGACUAUUUUUGUAAUAAAAGAAUACCAACAUUGAA